AUGUACACCUCCGGCAUCACAGGAAUUCAACAGACAUUCGACAUCUCAUCCGACAUUAUUGUUCUUUUAGGUUUGACGACCAAUCUAUUCGGCCUAGCCAUCGGGUCUGUGAUACUUUCGUCGUUGUCGGAGAUAUAUGGUCGCCGACUCGUUUACCUUAUCUCUGUAACAUUAUUCGCCCUUAUGACACUACCUGUGGCUUUGGCGAAAGAUAUCGAAGCCGUUCUGAUCAGCAGGUUCUUCGGUGGCUUCUUUGGUGGUGCUUGGAUUGCAAGUGCCCCUGGUAGUGUGACUGAUGUCACUGAUGAUAAGUAUCGUGCUUUGGCUCUGAGUUGCUGGAGUCUUGGAACGAUGAAUGGGCCAGUUCUUGGUAUCACUCCGCUUGGUCGCCAAUAUGUUGCCAUAAUCUGA